AUGAAAGAGUCGUAUAUUGCAGGGAUUGUUUCCUUUAUUUUAAUAUGUGUUUGUAUUGCAAUAUUGAUUAUGCAAGUAAUUUCUAAAGGUGAUAAAGAAAAACUCGGAAAGUUCUCGUUAGUUGAUGGAGAAUUUUUAAGGGCUCAUAUUAUUGGAGAUUAUGGAGAAUUACGGAAGAGCCAUGAGCUGAAAAAUGGGAAGUGGUAUGUAGAGUAUGUGGCCGAAAAAAUGAGAGAGAUUUCUGAUACUCAGCCCAUUUCAAUGGUAAUUUCAGUUGGAGAUAAUAUCUAUAAUAAGCCUAAAGGAAGCUUCGAUGAAAGAAAUUUUAAACUUAUGGAUAAAAUUUUUAGUGAAGGCUCUAUUGGGAUGAAACCAUGAUAUCUUGUGCUCGGAAAUCAUGACUGCAGGUCAGAUUAUUCUACUGAAAUCGAUAUGAGUAAGCUCUACCGUAACUGAAACAUGCCUAAGCCUUAUUGAAAUUCUACAAUCAAUAUUGGAAAUUCUAAAAAGGUCAGUGUCAUAUAUCUAAAUACUUGCGAAAUUGGCUGCGAAACGACAAAAACUUUUCCACACCUCCUUUCUGAGUGUGAAGAUAAUAAAGAAAAGUAUUCAAAUAAAAAAAUAAACAAGCAAUAUUCCUGGCUUGAAAGCACUCUUUCUUCAUUAUAUAAAGACCCUUCGAUUUCUUGGCUUAUUGUUGUCAUGCAUAUGCCAAUGUUUUCUGCCAGCAAGGCUCAUGGUGAUAAUGAACAAUUAAAAACAAGGCUAUAUUGCUUCUCCAUGUUUGCCUAAUAGAUAAAUAAGUUAUUUUUAAGAGAAAAUCUUUACUCCCCCCCCUCCGUGAGUGAACAAAAAAAUUUUGUUCACUACGAGGGGGGUUAAUUUUUUUUUUUCUAAAAAAUUUAUAUAUAAAUUUUAUAAAAAUUUUUUUUUUGAAUUUUAAAAAUAUCCUAAUUUGCAAAAAUUGGAAAGCAAAUAUUAAUUUAAUUUAUAAAAUUUAUGUUUUAAAAAGCAAUUUUUUUAAAAUUAAACAGAAUUAGCUCUAGAUUUCAUUAUAUAAUAAUUAUCACUUAUAUAUCAAAUUUUUUUUCCAUAAAAAAUUUUUGUUCACUCACGGAGGGUAGGUUUUUGGGCAAAAAAUGGCGAUUUUUCUAAUGGCUUUGUUCACUCACGGAGGGGGGGAGUUAGAAAAUUAAUAUAUACCCUUUGUUGUUUAAAUAUAACGUAGACUUAGUAUUAGCAGGCCAUGACCACCUGAUGCAAUAUAUGGCAAACAAAAAAGCCUCUGAGCCUACACCUUUUGAGCCAAAGGUCAAUGAUACUGAUAGUCUUGAUUGCGGAUAUUUGGAGUAUGUGCCUUAUCAGAGAGAAGUGGAAUUCGAUAAAGGAGAAUAUUUACACCAAGUUGUAAUGGGAGCUGGAGGAGGAGACCUUGACCCAAUUUGCCCAAAGAGAGUUACAGAUAUGGCAGAGUUGCUAUACGCGAAUACUAAUUAUGGGUUUGCUGAGCUGUAUGCGGAUCCAGAUUUACUCAGUAUCAAUUUUUAUUCUUAUUAAAAAUGAAUAAUCCAUUAGCUUGAUGAUUAAAAAAUUGCUAAGUUUUGAUAUGUAGUAUAUUGCUUUUUUAUAUAAAGGGCUAUUUUUAAAAAGAAUAUUAGAAGAUCAUAAAAAUUCUGAAAAAUUAAACGGAGAAAAGUUUGGAACUAGGCUAAUAAUUAAUUUUUAACUAAUAAAUCAUAAAUCUAAAGGGCUAUUUAGUAUUAAUGAUUAUAUGAAUAUAAUAGCUCACAGCCUGUUUUUACAGCAAAUAUCCAUAGCUACAACUUAACAGGUGUCUCAAAUCUCCAGAAAUCUAAUUAA